AUUGAGGUUCCUCAGUUCCGUUCUUAUCGUGCUCGAGCUCGGUUGGUACCGCUCCGUUGCCCGAACGCUCGUGGAAUUCAGCACCAAAUGUGUCGGUGAUUUGCUAGCAGCAGCGCACCGUGUAAGCGCACUGUGAAGAGCGUGCGAGUGGUGUAGGAAAUUCCCCACCUCAGUAAAAAGUGUACCGUGCAGCAAAGAAAGGAACCAAACGACACCCGGUACUCGGUACGACUCGGAACGACUCCGGCAAGCAAACCGUGAACCAGCUUGGCAAAGAAUAACAAACGGACAACGGUUUGCUGCUCCGAACAACAGCCCCAAACCAGCCAUUAACUAUCCCUUCAGCCUGCCACGGAAAGCCUCUUUUCGGCGUGCAAACGGGGAAAACGGAAAAAUUGUUAACGAGCAAUCGACAAGUGGAAUCGAUAGCUUGCAGCCCUGAUAGAAGUGGACCAGCAAGAGGAGCAGACCCAACUCUUCACUGUUCGAUCGAUACAUACUGCUCCCGGGUGGAAAGGAUUCCACAUAUUCCUUGCCAACACACACACGAAGCUUCCAAACGCUGCGCUGAGAGCUGGUGCCCAAUUCAUCAUCGUGCGACCAUCGCCAUUUUCGGGUCACUCCCCCAUCACGCCAGGAAGCUGAAUGGGACGCCCAGCAGCUAGUCGCGAGCGAACCUCCUGCACCGGGCAGGCGUACCAGCCCCAGAACGGUAAUUGAGUCCGGACGUGCGGUGAAGGCGGUGCACGAGCCAAGGGACGCGGGACAGCCGUGCUGCUAGCAGCUUCCUAUUUUGCGCGAAAAUCUAAGCCCGACAAUCAGCCACCCCACACGACCGUUCGAUGCUGGGAGAGUUUCAUCGGAUAUUUGAGAAGACUGCCAUCAACGAUGACACAGUGAACUCUUUGCUGCGCCUGGUUGGAAUGCAGUUGAACGGCACGGCCGGCACCGUCACAAUGGCCGCCGCAUCGGAACCGCCCGAGCCGCCGCCGCGCAACCCGGACAAGAUCAACGCAUCGCUCAAGCAGCUCGCCGAAUCGAAAACACGCUCCCUGGACACCGCCGACAAAGCCGGAGCGCCGAGCGCGACCACGAACGGUGGCCGCCCCUUUCGACCGAUCCUAUCGCUGGACAAUGCAAAACCUUCCACCAAACCGUUCGACAUACCGGAACGUGGCACGCCCACGUCCGCACCGGCCACCGCCUUCGGCACCGACCACCAGCCGGGCGCCCCGGAACCCGGUACCAGCACGAGUGGCAACAGCAGCAGCAGUGCGGCCGGCACCACCCAACGACAAUCGAACCAACCGACAACACUAUCCGGCUCAUCGUCGUGCUCCUCCUCGGGCGAGGCAGCAACUGCCAACGGGACGGCAACGGCCAGCGAAACCGCCAUCCCGAAUGCGUCGUCCGCCAGCACCACCACCAGUCCGCAGGACAAAGCGUCCGGUCAGGCGAAGCAAAUCAGCCCCACGCUUGCCGCUAGCGAGCCCGGUGGUGAUAAUCUGUUCAAGAAUGGUGUCAGCGAUCUAGAAUCGCCACAAACGACCAAAAUUCGGCUGGAGAACGAGCGGCUGUCGGCCGAGAUUACGCGGCUGAAACGACUGCUGGAAAACUCACCGGACGGUGCGGUCGGUGGAAUUGAUCUGCUUUCGCAGAGCAACAGCUUCGAGGUGCACGCGCCCGACGACAGCAGCAACCGGAUGGAGAAGCUGGAGAACGAGCUACGAAUAUCCAAGGAGCUGAUUCAAAGUUUAAAGCUGGAGCGCAAAAAGCUCCGCGCGGACAAGAACGAUCUGCUGUCGCAGGUCAAGCAGCUCUGCUCCUCGCUGCAGGACAAGGAGCAGGAGCUGCGCAACUUCAUCCGCAACUACGAGCAGCGGAUACGCGAGUCCGAGUCCAACUCUGCCAAACAAAGCACGGAGCGGGAGCGGGAAAGAUGGUCCCUGCUGAAGCACGCCCGCGACGAAGCGGAACGGUCGAUCGCCCUCGCGGCACAGCUUAACGCACGCGACCUGCAGCUGCAGCGCACGCAGGAGCAGCUGCAGGAAGCGCGCCGCCAGCUGUCCGGCUGCAUGUCCGACCAGGAAAGCCUGGUGUCGGCGGCCCCGCUAACACCGCCCUCCGGCCUGAUGGCGCACAAUGCGGUGGCGCCCGCAUCAACGCCGGGCGUCGGGUACAGCAACAUCAGCGGGACGCCGGGGGACCGUGGCUCGUGCAGUGCCGAUUCCGGCGUGAGAGACUUUGUUGCAGGCAGUAGCGACCGGGAGAGUGCCGCAGGUGAUCUCAAUCUGAGCGAUGGGCCGUGCGAGAACGGACCGUGUAUACAGGUGGACUCCGACAGUGUGUCGCUCGUGUCCAGCCAUCACAACGUGUAUCAGUAUGGAACGCCCAAAGAACGAAGCCCUACCCUGUCGCCCCUGAACGCCGGCGCCUACUCGAGGUCGGUUGACAGUGCAGCCCUUUCGAGCUCUUACAGAUCGGUCGAACAGCUCGGCUCACCGGUAGACAAUGAGAAUCAAACGUUCGCCCGCCGACUGCAGCAACAGCAGUCAGCGUCCGGAGCGGUGCCCGCUGCCCCCGGCAAGGCACAAAACACCGGGCUGACGGGACGGACCGGUCGCGGUGGCACGUGGGGCAGCAUAUCGCGCGUCUUCGCCCGCAGCCGCAACCGCAACAAGAACGCACCGAUCGACACCGAGGCCACCGACUUCCAGUGGAGCCCGCUGACGGAGGAAGGGUACGCGGAGAAGCUGCGCCUGCUGCGGGAAGCCUCCUCCAUGCCGAUGGAACGUUGGCGAGCGUCCCAGGUGCUCGCCUGGCUCGAGGUGGCACUCGGUAUGCCCCAGUACAGUGGGCGCUGCGCGGAGAACGUGAAGAGUGGCAAGGUGUUGCUGGAGCUGAGCGAUGCCGAGCUGGAGACGGGCCUGGGCACAACACACCCGAUGCACAGGAAAAAGCUCCGGCUGGCGAUUGAGGAGCAACGGCGACCGGAGCUGGUACGCUAUCCUACGAUCGGGCAGCUCGGGCACACUUGGGUUGCCUCCGAAUGGCUGCCAGACAUUGGACUGCCACAGUACGGGGAGUCGUUUAUGCACUCCCUGGUGGAUGCCCGCAUGCUCGACACACUGUCCAAGAAGGAGCUGGAGAAGUAUCUCGGCGUUACCAGGAAGUUCCACCAGGCGAGCAUAGUGCACGGUAUUCAUGUGCUGCGCAUCAUGAAGUACGACCGGCAGGCGAUUGCGAUGCGGCGCCUCCAGUCGGAGAACGUCGACACCGACCCGAUCGUGUGGACCAACCAGCGCUUUAUCCGCUGGGCACGCUCGAUUGAUCUGGGCGAGUAUGCGGACAAUUUGAAAGACAGCGGCGUUCACGGUGGGCUGGUCGUGCUGGAACCAUCCUUCUCCGGGGACACGAUGGCGACGGCGCUUGGCAUUCCACCCUCGAAGAACAUCAUCCGGCGCCAUCUGGCAACCGAAUUCGAGGCACUCAUCCUACCGGCAAGAACGACCAUGGGACAAGGGAUACGAACGGGCGGCGGUGCGGUCAUUCCGAUCGCGAGCGGAAUUGGCAUGAUGGCGGGAGCAGCGGCUAGCGAUCGUCGGAAUACUGGCAGCUUGCGCAGAUACUACGAGCGGAUGAACCUAAACCACGGGUACGCUCGGCUGGCAGGACCGGACGAGGAGCCUACCGACGUGAUUCCGGGGGAGUCAAAUUCGGAGUAAGGAUUGUGCAAUUGCGCCAUCCCAAGGCAGUGGUGCUAUGGAAAGGAUCUGCUGCUCCUCCUGCUACUACGGUUCGCGGAAUGUGGAUCAAUCGCAUAACUGGAGGAGAGAGAUAGAAGGCAAAAAAAUCGUACCACCGUGCAUGUGCAACAGUUGAAAGCUUCCAGCACUCUUGUCGGUGGCUUCCUUACUGGUGUCUGGAACCGUUUGCCAAGUUGAGUGAUAGCAAACGUUACAAAGUAUUUCGUCAAGUGUUUACCAUUUCCUUCUAGGGGCUUUAUGUAUUUUAUUACUCAGCAGGAGACAUGGCUAUGGAAGUUCCUGCUUGUUUGUUUUGUGCUAGGUGAUGGUGUGUGUGUGUGCAAAAAUGAUGACUUGUUGAAUUGAGCUCCACUUGUGAGGCAAAAGUUGGUAGGAAUCGAACCGGCUGGCACUCUGUAGUUGAAUGCUGAGAAAACUUUUGGAAGCUUUUGAGUGCAUCGAUUGCAAGAUGAUAGCGUUUUUAAUGAUCACCUUCAUUUAAUGGAGGAAGUUAUUUGUAGCCAUACAAUGUGGAAAACGGUUUCCCUUGAACGAAAGCUUACCUUGAAUGAACUUUGCAAGUAACGAGAAACAAGAGAUUUCAGGUAGGUUGCUCCGGGAACUUAAAAAAAAACGGUGUAUAUACAUCUAAAAGAAGAUAAAUAUCGAUUGACUUUGAAUUCUAAAGUCUAGUGCACAUGAAUAGUAUCAAUUGACAUACUUGGGGAACAAAAAUCGUUGCUUGUGCGUAGGGAAAAGGGACAUGUAGCCCUAAGUUCAUCAGUUUACAACUUAUCCGAAAGGCUACGAAAAGCCUGGAUAUAAGCAUCUUAAUGAACGACGUCAAGAACAAACUAACACUACUGAUUACCAUAUCUCCAUCACAAAAAUAAUGUAUCGACUUCCUUGAGACUGAACUAGUAUGAACGAGAAAGAUCUUCACAUUCUUCAUACGGUUCCUAAAAUGUGUUGGUGACAGUACAGUCCGGUCCGCAGUAACGCGGAUUUAGAUUUGGAACAUGUUUGGACCUCAUUAAUUCGACACUUUAAUCGUCAAAUUUAUAACAAAUCACCCUUUUCCCCAAAGUUAUAACAUAAUUGAAAACUGAUAAAAUGGCUAAAUUUCUAUAUAAAUCCUACACCGGAUAUGAGCUGCGCUGAUAUCUUCUGAAUCCAUCAACUGCGUAUAUCGAGAACGGACCGUAGUUUAAGUCUAUAAAGUUGAAAUUAAAACACCGAACAACGUUUCCAUUCCAUUUGUACAUGAAGGUUGCCUUCGUUAGACAUACCAUGUUACCUUCUUCCCAAAGCAGCAAGCUUGACGUUACGGCUCAAACUGAUUCUGAAUAUGUCGUAACCCAAAGCGGGCGUUGAUACGCGUGCAUGAGAUAUGCAAAUAGCAGCUCAUACAAUCCUGUAAAAGAUCUCCCCGUGUCCCGUGAAACUCGUGCUUUUUUUUGUUGUUGUAAAAUUCAUAAUUCCCUUUCAAGAUGAUGCUUGGGCAAAAUAAAACAUGCGAAAAAAAAAAUUAUCGAAAAUUCCUUUUCCAUUCACGACAAACGAGGGUCGAUGUGUUUUUUUGUGCUUACGUUUUUUUUGCCCCUGCAAAGCGAACCUCGUGCUUGUUUCCUUUUGCGCUGCUCCGUAGGGCAACGAUUCCAACUACGUACAACUACUUCGCCAACCGUGCCGCCCACGAGCACAAGCACGAGCACUCCACUAUUACUUAGUGUCUUUAAAUGGCGCCACGGGACGCUUUCCGGGACGCUUUCCGACCCUACGUGGGCUUGCCUCCUCAAGUGUGCUGCACACAUACACACAUGUCACUCUAGCUGGGGUGCGGCAUUCGAACGUUGAUCUACCGUCACAGGCACACGGGUCGUCCUGUGCCAUAUCCCUUGCAGUGUAUGGGCACCCCAACGUGCCAUCACAAAAACGUAUGUUUGCCCUUUUUCUCGCUUUUUUCCUCCCCCCUAACAGCCAACACAACAUCCUCGCUAAGAGACGGAUGGCGAGAAAGCCAUCCAUCCAACUCACAUUCACCGGUUCUCGUGUGCGCGAACCGGAUCAACAACUACACCUUCCCUGGCUAAAACCUCUCAGUUGCCCCAUUCGCUGACUUUGGACCCUGCUAGCAUCCCCAUACAUCCCCGGGAACACCACGAGCACUUCCGGUAGACGUGUUUACCGACGGGUACGCGCCGGGGUACCGCCGGGGAGAGAGAUAACAUUUCUGCAGCAUUUGUAUUUAUGUGACUUGCUGUUUGUUUUGACAUGGCUAUGUAAAUUUUAGAUGAGCUACACCUUUUUCUUAAAAUAUUCACCACAGCAAUGGGAAAGGUGGAAUUCGCUCCAUCCAGUGGGGUUGGUUCGAGAGGCCUGAAUGCCUCUUCGCACCUGCUCGAGUCGAAGCCAAACCCAUCCAGCUGUACGUAAUUUUUCCCGGUGCACAAACCCCCCUCCCCAAACACACACACACACACAGCUUGGCAUCUCUCGAUUGGUAGGCUUUAGACGUGAACGCCAUGAGCAUUGCCGCUUCCACGAGCAUGGCAUGUAAAUUCAUAUCAAAACGUGCAUUUUAAAGCCCGUCCCCAUCUCCGGGAACAAACAACAGAAACAAAAUAAUAAGCAAAGCUCCUAAAAUGCACGAGUUUCUCGCGGCACAAUGCUGUGGUUUGGUUAGGCGCGGUGGUUUUGGAUUUUGUGCCUGAAAAUGGGACACAGCAAACAGGGCAAUACAAAAGUGCAAUGCACUGCAGUAGGAUGCAGUGGAAAAGGAGAGCUUGUUUACUAUUUUUAGUUGUUAUUUUAGAUGAGUUUUAUACACUCGAAACUGCUGGCUUGUCAAUGUAACAUCAAUUGAAAAGCCUUCCUUUCGAACAGAUUUGCCAUUCCCUGUUGCCAUUUGUUUGUUUUUUUUUAUAAUCCUUUUUAUGUUAGACGAAAACAAGAGUAGAAAACUAAAUUGAUUUUUCCCCUACUAAAAGUUUAAAAAUUAAUUAGAAGCCUUCUUUUUCCUCUCGUAACGUUACACACGACAAAAACUGCUACCGAGGCCCACACAUAUGCUCCAUCAGCACCAUUCAAAACCAUACCAAAGCGCAGGUGAAAAAUCUGGUACAAUCGUUGCGAUGUGUUGAUGAUGAGCUUUUUUCCCACUCUACUGUCACAGUUUUCCAUUUACUUUACCGACCGUGAUUGUGUACUGUAUCGUACAGGUGCGAAUGGGGUUUGGCCGAACGAAACAUAUGGCCGUGAUGUAGCUUUUCCCAUUCGAAUAAAAGCGUUCUCUGCAGCAGCUACGGGACAGAAGCCAGGGUCUGACACCGUAUCGAAGGAAAACCCCCACCUUCAGUGAUCAUCGAUUGCACCAUCGGUGUGGGGUUUGCCAAUGCAAUGGAACACACACAAUGGGUGUUCAUGUUCAACUGUACUCUACACUACCGUUUGCGUAUGCAUUCGGUGUCAAAUGCAGGCGUACCCGGUACGAUAAGGAUGCAGGAAAUAAAUGCUACACAAUGGAAGGAAGGAAGAUGCCUUCAGCGCUGUUGUCAUUCGGUAGCUGAAUUGCUUGAAAAGGAGUGGGGGUUUUAAUGCGAGCUGGAUGGGCGUCACAGAGCUUCAUGAUAGGAGUGAAAGGCAACAGUCGUUGAAAUUUAUUUGCUUGACGUCAUAAAGAUAUUGGAAAAUGUAUAAAACAUUCGCCCCCUAAAAAAAGGCUUAAUAACAAGCAUUAAAUAAAUAAGAGAAAACAAACACACACACAAAGCACACACUCCCUGCCCUACAUCGAUUGAUUUGUAGCAGAUGAAACGAAGCACAGACAUCAAAAGAUCUUUUCGGCGCACUCUCCUCAAACAGAGCGCCUGUGAAAGUGGGGAAACUGAAAUCGGAACAUGAUGAUACAAAAUGCACGGGACACAGAGCAAAGAGCUAGCGUUCCGGGGAUGCUGCAGGGACGCGUGAGUUGAUAAAGUAAAGCUUUCAAUGAACUCAAACAGAAGCUGUGUGAGUGAUCUAGCGAAAAAGAAAAACACUGGAGGCCGAAAAACUCACGUUUUCCGGAGCAACCGGAGUGGCACGUGCUGAGCCGAGCCGUGAGCAUUGCUGUCGAAAGUUGUUGUAAAUCUUGGCCUGCUUUGUUCCCGGUGCUACUGUAAAAUGUAGAGGCGAAAAAGCUUCCAAACUGCCUCCCCUGUCUCGACAGGAGCAGCAGCAGCAGCACACGGAGAGCGUCAAGCGAAGGAGGUGUAAACCCAUUUGCUCGAUUACAACAACCCGACAACCCGAUGAGCGGCGGCUGGCGGUUCUGGCGAUGAAAAGGGAAGCAAUUUUCAGUAAAAGCAACCACCAUUUUCAACACAAUUCAAACGAUCGAUCGUAUCGAACGGGAAGAUAAUACACCGCCAGCAAACGGAUGCCAUCUUGGCGGUUGAGCGAUGGGCGGCUUUACAUGGUGACACACACACACGCAAAAACAGCACAGAAAGCUUUUCUUCAACAAAAAACAAUUGGGAUGAGCACUCUUCCUCUACUUGCCCUUUUUAGGUUGGAUUGUGUCAAAUCAAAAGUCCCGAAGUGUUGGUGGGCGUGAGAAUGGUCUCGUCUGUCACACAAUUCCCCCGAUGGAGUGACAGCAGUGAAAUGAUGUUUAGUAACAAGUCCCACUGGUUUCGCUGAUCUGUGAAAUGUAUUGUCAUCGUGCUGCUGGAAAAAUCGUGGCAGUUUGACAUUGAUGAUUAGACUUUGCGAGUCGAAAAAUAUACAAUUCUUGUUGGAAUUUGGUGUUUUUAGGAAUUCUCGUAGCAUCAUCGAUAAGGCUCUAUUUUGGAAGAGGAAAAAAAGCUCAUAUUCCCAGAAAAGGGUCCACUCGAUGGCAAUAACUUCCGUUACUCUCUCUAUCUCUCUCUCUCUCUCUCUCUCUCUCUCUCUCUCUCUCUGUCUCUUUUAUGCACACGGAAAAAAACUUUUCCAAUCAAACCCUCAUCAUGCUCAUCCACUGCUCAUACAUACUAUCCGGUGGCCAUCGUGGACGGUGAUGCAUUUUCCAGCAUCGUACAUGAGCCGGCACCAAAACUCCAAACCCUCCAACACAUAUCGAUCGACCUUUGGUGCUUCGCAUGAAACAUCAUAAUCUACGACUCGACAGUGAAACCCCCUUCAAACAUGGCUCAAACAUGGCAAGCGUAAUAAAAUUAUCCUACACACAUGUGCCAUCCUUGAAUUCUGGAUGACGGUAGGUCAGACGGCACACUUCACAACGCGCUGCAAGGAUGCGUGCAGCUAUGGUCGAGUGAUUUAUGUAUUUAAUCCCGUCGUGCGACUAGGCCGUCUAAAACCCGGACCUAUGGUUGCAGUCAUUUAAUUGGCCUGCAGCGAGGUUUAGUGUUGAUGUUGUACACACGUACCCACACAAAGUUCGAUGGAUGUCCUUUUUGUGUAUUCAUUUAUUAAAGUGCAUUCCGGGAAUGAUACAUUUGUUGAGCACAACAUAGUAAUAAUAGUAGUCUCUAGCUCUUCUGCUCCAGAUGUUCGUUGAGAUGUUCCAUUUUUCCGUGUAUAUGUUUUGAAUGUUUUAUGCAUUUCUGUUGAAUAAUGCUGUUCAAAUGACAAUUGUUUACAAGCAAUUUACAUUGCAAUUCGGCUACUCUUGUGAUUGUUUUACAUAAACUCUUUUCAAAAUUUCCAGUUUUCCCUAAACCAUCAUAUCUACCUUUACAUUUUAUGACCACAAUUGCCAUACUGUAAGCGUAACAGCGUGCCAACGCAUUAUAUUCCCGGUCACCCCAGGCAAUCAUUAUAAUUGGGUGCAAUAAAAAGGAAUAACGGAGUGUUACUUUUUACUAUUCCGCUUAACGUUCCAAUCUUUUGCAUACCAAAAAAUAAAAGCACAACCUCAUACCUCAUAGCCAGUUACAAUGUAGCUGAUUGCCCCGAACUCUCCCCUUUCUGCAAACUGGUUGCUAGAACGGGCAUAAAAAUAGGUGCUAACUCAUACGAUCGGAAGAAAAACGCUUUAGAUGAACUUUUUUUUUUUAUUCUCUUUCGAUUUGCCGUUUUUCAUAUUCAUAAAACGCUGCACAAAAUCAUUGUUGCUGGCUAAUAAAACGGCUUUAUUGCUCGUUUUUGCAUUACGAGGUCGCGUGGUAAGGCUCGCGGUUGCAGGUGAGCUGUGCAUGUUAAAAUGUCAUUUGCAGUUUGGUUCUAGAAGAUGGCAAGCAUGCAAAGUAAUGUUAGAAAUUUUAUUCCUUUUUAAAUAGGCUAUAAAUUGCAAAUGAUUAAGUGAUCGGCAUGAAACACACUUAUUUCUACAUUGUAACAUAAGAAAUGCUAUUUCACUUUAAAGAGUUUUCAAAACGAGUAUACCACACGAUCCAACACAUGAUGCUUAUUGAUAAGUUUCGAAUAAAACUAGCAAUUAGUGAUGAAAAUACUGAGGCGACCGCAUGGUCCCGUGGUAAAGUCUUAAUGCUUUCAACACAACAAACCCGUGUUCGAAUCUACUCUAAUCUAAUCCCUUAUAUCCUUGAAACUUUUGAACAACUGUUGCGAAAUAAAACGAAAGAAGACGAAAAGAACAAUAAAAGUGCUUUGUUUGUCCGAUGUUUGACGAUAAAGACAAAGUUGUUUUAAUUGGUUUUUGGUUCAAAUGUUGAUAUUAACUGUUGAUAUUAUGUAAAAAUCAGUUGUACCUUCAAAUUCCUUCAUACCAAUGCAAUGGAACUCCUUUUCCUAUUUAUAUACUAUUCAAAACUACUAACAUCUUUUGAAAGGAAGCUCCAAGAGUACUCUCCUCUACUGUGCAAGCUAUAGCCUUUAAAUACUAACCACUAGUCACAUAAUCUUAAACCCCAACCCAACCGGUGCGUCCGUGUGUCAUUAAAGAUAACUGCCCGAGCCUAUCGUUCAGAUGUCCGGAAUGCAUUGAAUACGACCACCACAAUCCGCAGAGCCUGGUUGGUGGUGCUUAGCCCAUCCGUCGACCCCUUUUGCCACUGCCGGAACUCACUAGCCAAGCACGUUGGUUGUGCACCUGCAUGCAUAUGCAAUUGGUUGCUAUGGUUUUGGUACCGUGGAAGGGGCAAGUAAAGAGACCAACGGUUCCACAGUUCAAACGACUCUGGAUCUGGGUCUGGCAGGUCGAUUAUGGUGAAUGUGUAGGUGGCACUGCAUCCUGGCCACGAUGGAAUGGGUCGGACACCAUGAAUUGUCUGUCCCAAUUGGCUUCUACUAACCUAUACACGUGUCGGUUUCUGUCUGUUUCUAUCUGUGGUUACGUGCAAGACGGGCGGGCCAUGCACGUUGGUUUGUGCGGGAUUGUGAGCGGGGAUCAGAUUAGCCAGGACAUUCACAUCAACAUCAAACAGUUAAUCACUUCACCUGUUAUCGUGAUGCAAGUUCAUUAUUACCCUUUAGAGCAGCUCAGAAGUGGAUGUCUUAAAUAACCUUCAGUAUCGUUCACGUUCAAUACUCCGUUUAAGACAACCACUUUGGAAAAGAUCUCUGCUAAAGUCAAGCACAACACUUAUAAAACAACCAUCUAUACCUCUCAUUGGCUUUCUUCCCGUUGCUGGAACACCAUUUUUCACGUCUGAUUCUUAUUCGCCUCGUGUGCAACGUGAUGUUACGCCAUGAAAUGAAGCUUCAUUAGAUCAAAAGCGGAACCAAUCAAUCAGCUAGAAUCGAAUCCAUUUUGCACAAUAAGUCGGCAGUUCGGUGUCGAUGUCCUUUUGACGUUUUGUUCUCCGUGCUCCGUGCUUGUCGCUUCUUCCGCGAUGGGUAUGUUUCUUUCCACCGGGGCCCGACCGAGGGGAGAUAAUUUGCAUCCCAUUACGGUGGAGUUGAGUUUGUUUCCAUACCAUAAAACCACCUUGUCCACUCUAUAUCAGUCGUGUUGUGGUUGCGAUUGGUCGUAAGAGUGGCGGGGUUUGUGGAUGAUACAACUAGAACGCUGAGACCAUAGUGAACCAUGCAAGCACAAGAGCAUAUUAUGUGCCGUGUUCAUCGUAUGCGCAUUACCGGUCGAGGACACAGUUGCGGUUAAGUUUAAUACAAACGAUGUAUCCAGUAUCUUGAUCCGGCUCGUUGCUUCUCCUUCCAGCCAACUCCCAAGCCUCUCGGACGCAAACGAAGCGUGAACAUUAUUAAAUUAAAUUUAAUGCAUCCAGCGCAUCGAGCCACACGGGCUAGUUGCGUGCUUUAUGAUCGCACACCCUCUUAUCUCUGCCCAGCUUCCGGUCGCACCUUCUGCGCUCCAAACUCCCCCCUAUUUGGGUGCAUAUGAUUAUGGGAAGGAAAACCCUAUCCAGAGUUUCGUGCAACUGUCUCGUUAAAAAGCAAGACACAAACACAUAACACUGUGUAUUUCACCCCUCUCGGUACGAGUGCUGCAAGCCACGUGGCAUUAAAAUGUCCUUUUUUGUUGUUUUGCCAGUAGAAGUCUGGUGCUUUAUCGGCACUGUACACGAUACGGCAAGGCCAUUGUGUUAUAGUGAGGUGCACAGCGCAGGGGCAGCACUUCGGAAAUGUUGUAAAUGCCGACGGUAAACACUUCGGAUCGGUAGGAACGUGAUUUUACUCUCGUGCCGUGCCUUAGCGGUGAAAAGUGGCAACGACAGUUCCAAGGUUUAAUUGAUAAGCGGAGCGACGAGGUGACGCAUCGGGACGAUGACAACAAACGGGGUAGGGUGGUGGCAUGGUCGAUGGUGUGAAAUGUUUUAUUUGUUUUGAUGUAAGGCUUGUACAGGACUGCUUGAAGCAAUGUUGCAGCAACUUUGUUGUGGAAUUGAAGCACAAAUUCAGGACUCUCGACAGCGACUAAUAGAAAAAUUCAAAAGAGGGUAUUUUUUGUCCAAACAGAGGGACAUUGUGGAGGUAUUACGAUAGAAUGUAAUAUCAAACAAGCACUUCAGACUCUUCCAACAGUAAUAUCUAAAACUUAUCUGAGAAAGAAAACAAGAUACUUUAUGGCCUUCCAUAAACAAACGUUUGAAUUACUCAUCGUGUUACGCAGUGUUUCCCCUUCAAGGACAUGAACAUUACAUCGAUAAUGACUUUGAAUGAGUUGAAAUGAUUAAAAUGCCAGUAAAAGCUACUCUUAUCUACAUUUUAGAUAUAAAUUUAGAUUGAUUUAUGUUAUUUUUUCCGUUCUGUUUCUG